GGUGUGCUAGGUUUAAUCACACAGCUGAAAGUAAUCAAACCAUCGAGUAGACGAAGUUUGGUAUCGCCGGAGCUCCAGAUGGAUCUACUCUGCAACGCCUACUCGAAUGCUUCGGACGACGACGACGACGAAGCCCAACAUGGGAAACCCGUCCCACCGCCUCCGUCGAAGCGACCCAGACCCGCGACAGAGUUUCCUCAUUUCCAUAGCGAAGGAUCGCCCGUCCCCCGCCCGACCCUGGCCCCAUAUCCGCCAGCUGAGGCUCUGAUUUCUGGCAGAUACAUUUCCAAGAGAGAGCGAGCACUCCUGGCUUCAUGUCCUCCUACUUCAGUUCCCGACUCGAACCCUCUCGCUCCGGUCUCCACAUCACCUGUUGUAGGAGACAUUUCAGAUUCAAAUCUACCUCAUGAUAUUUUAUCUUCAUUGAGGCAUUCAAGGAGGGAUUGUGCAAGGCUAGGUCAAAUGUCUAAAAGGCUAUCUAUAGCUCUUAACGGUCACUCCAAGGCCGUCAAUGUUGUACAGUGGUCAAGAAGUCAUGCCCAUCUUCUCGCAUCUGCUGGAAUGGAUCAUACCGUUUGUAUAUGGAAUGUGUGGAGCAGAGAUGAUAAAAGGGCGCGUGUAUUGAACUCUCACAAUGCAGCUGUCAAAGAUGUGAAGUGGUCGCAAGAUGGACUGUUUGUGCUUUCUUGUGGAUAUGAUUGCUUGUCCAGGUUAAGUGAUGUUGAAAGGGGAUUAGAGACUCAGGUUUUCAAGGAGGACCAAGUUGUUGGAGUCAUAAAGUUUCAUCCGGAUAACUCCAAUCUCUUCCUUUCAGGGGGUUCAAAGGGCUUUCUUAGAUUAUGGGAUACUAGGGUUGGCAAUGUGGUACAUGAGUAUGUUCGAGGUCUAGGUCCAAUCCUUGACAUUGAAUUCACCACUGAUGCCAAGCAUUUCAUCUCUUCAAGUGAUAUAUCCAAAGGAAACAUCAGUGAAAAUUCAAUAAUUGUUUGGGAUAUUUCAAGACAAGUUCCCUUAUCUAAUCAGGUUUAUGCAGAAGCGUAUACCUGCCCCUGUAUUAGGUGCCACCCAGUUGAUUCUUAUUUUGUUGCUCAGUCAAAUGGGAAUUAUAUUGCGAUAUUCUCCUCCAGGUCCCCGUAUAAGCUAGACAAGUACAAGAGGUAUGAAAGCCAUGGCGUUUCUGGGUUCCCUAUCAAAUGUAAUUUCAGUUUGGAUGGAGAACAACUCAUAUCAGGCUCGUCAGAUGGAUGUAUCUACUUUUAUGACUCCAGAUCCACCAAGCUUAUCAAAAAGAUAAAGGUGUAUGAGCAGGCAUGCAUAGAUGUUGCUUUCCAUCCUAUCAUGUCUAAUGUCAUUGCUUCAUGCAACUGGGGCGGAGAUGUCUCAGUGUUAGAAUAAUGAGAUGACACCAUUUCUAUACCUAGCCACUUAAGUGUCAUUUAUGGUCUCUAAAGAUGCCUGUGAAAAAGUAAGAUUAAAUUGUGAAAACAUAAUGUGUUCUUAUAGUGCCUGUAGGGAAGAAAUUGAAGAUAGGUUCAUCAGCUGACUUAUUUUUUUGGUUCAAUGUUUUUGGCCUCAUCUAGAAUUUAUUUGAUUGACUUCUUUGACUUGCAAUACUCUUUGUAGAGCUUAGAAGUUACUGGGUUUUUCAAAUGACAGGUGACAGACAAUUCAGCA